UCUCAUCGCAGGCGUCAACACACUCAUUCAAAGCCCAUGUAUAUUGUCUUGUUUCAACAGCAACUCUUGUCUCUUCUGUCCCGCCAUGGAGCCCGUUGCUGAGCUCCCGCGCCCCAAGGGCCGGCAACGCGCCAAAAAGGCUUGCACCGAAUGUCGUCGCCGCAAGCGCAAGUGUGACGGCCACUCGCCCUGUCUCAUGUGCUCGCAGUACGACUACGUCUGCCGCUACGAGGAAGAGCCGGCCCUCUCCCACAGCCUUCCAAAGCGGCCCUUUGAGGCAGACGCAAAGCGCGGCGAUGCCUCCAACGCCUUCCGGGUCUCGUCGCCCUCGCCUGAAGACACCAGCCGGCAGGAUCCGAAGACCCCCACAACGCCCGUGUCGCCUCUGAAUCGCGGCGUCAUCGAGCCGGCCAAGCGCCGGUACAUGAGCCAGAGCUCGGCCGUGGCCUUUCCCAACCAGCUGGGCGUCGAGCUCAAGUCGCCGCAUCCUCCUCGCCUUCACUCCUUUGGCUGGAACUGCGGCAUCCGGCCUGAGGAGCAAGGGUCUGUCCACACGCCCCUGACCGAGUUCGUCUCCUGGGAGGAGUGCCGGCGCUAUGCAGAGGUCUACUUUGCUACCGUGGACGCGCCCUUUCACCUCUUUGACAAGGCCAAGUUUCUCCUGCAGUGCGAUGCCUUUUUCAGCGGGCAGAACCAACAUCUCGUCCUUGGAGCCGUGAUUGGCGCCGUCGUUGCUCUCGGCUCUCUCUUUUCCUUCCGCCAAGGGCACGCUCUUGAAUCCGAGAUUGUCAAGCAUGUGAAAGACGUCCUUGAAGACUCAUCCUUCAGCCGUCUCCCCUCCAUAGACCAGGUCAAUGCCUGGAUUCUACGGACCCUCUAUCUCCGCGCAACCACACGACCGCAUCUCACUUGGCUUGCGUCUUGCAACGUCAUGCAUCUGGUGGAAGCUGUUGGUCUUCACCGUGACAUUGACUCUGAUCUUGUCACUCAAACUAUUGAGGCUCCGGCUGUAGAGGACGAAAGCCACAAGAGAACCUUUUGGGUUGCCUGGUCCGUCAACACAAUGAUCGCCUACGAGUACGGCCGCUCAAAGAUUCACUUUGACGGCGUCGACUCUCGUCUGGUCCCAUUCGCUGACGAGAGCGAUUCGGGCCUCCAGGUUCGCAUGGCCAGAGCCUUGCCAAGCGAGGGCUCCGGUGGCGAUGUUGUAAGCGUCAGUAGGUCGCUUGAAAAUGCCAUUCGAAAGCUCAGCGAAUUGGGAGACAUCAAGGGCUUUCCGGCUCUGGCCCGAGGCGAUCUCUGCUUCUGUCUCUACCGGCGUCUGCGCCUUCUCAAGAUCAGCAUCAGCAGAGAUACAGUGUCCCAUAUUCUGACCAUUGGCCAUACUGCCGUUGAAGCAGCCUCUGAGUUUGCACAGCAGGAGGUCCCCUGGUGGAAUGUGCUUGGCACAACUUUCCAAUUCUUCUGCGUUCUCCUCGCCAUUGACAACUACGAGAGUCUGGCUCAGGUUUCGUGGGUUCACGCCAAGCUUCGAGAGGUAUAUCAGAAAUUCGAGACGCGCAUGGGCUUGGAAGCACUCGAGGCGGCCGCGACUUUGAGAAAGGCCCUCUUGGCCAAGAAGCAGCAGGAGAUCAACUUGUUGACGCCGGAAGACCAAGUCUUUGCUCCCUUCCCAGAGAGGGAGUUUACCCCGGAUUGGGAUGUUGUGCUGAAUCCAUACUACACCACUGGGACCUUUAACUUUACGGAGUUUGGAGUUUGAUCAAAAGCCUCUGAUAUGAGUUUACUUUUUUUCUUAUCCAAAUUCAGUCUAAACUCUGAUAUCAGACUCAGCAUGACAAGACCAAGGUAGUGCUCGAGCUUUCUACUAGACAUUGAUUCUAGUAGCUGACUUUGGCUUUACUCCGUUGCGUAUGACUGGAAAAUGUCUCGGACGUCUGAUUCACGGAGGAUUCAUAACAGGAUGCAAUCAUCGAGCGG